AUGACCCAAAUCACCCCGGCUUCUGCCUUCGCAAUCUGGAGACAAGCCUUUAUCAGGCAAUACGCCUCCACCGUCGUCACUGCUCGUCCGAAGAAAGCACUCCGCAGUCGAGGCGCGUCAAGGUCAGAUUCCUACGAUGGUAGCGCCGAACAAUCCCUGAUACCGGUUGGUCUGUAUUUCUGUUUCUUUAGUUCUCCGACCCAGAACAUGGGGAAAGAGUUCCUCGGCAGGGCAUUGAGCCCUCUGCAAGGGAACGUGUCGAAGCUUCUCGGACUUUCUGACACCAUCCGCACUGCUUUAUUCCGAGGCAGAACGCUUACACUAUCGGAAUUGGAAGACUUGGCUUUUGCUCUGGACAUGAUGCUCUUGGAUGAAAUCGGCGACAAGGUGGCCGCAGAAGCUCCAGCAACGAGCCAAGGGGACCGAAGAAUCACGGUUCCCGUCAUUCAGCAUACCCGACUUGACAAGUUACUUUCCGACAUCAUCCACAUUUACGAAACCGAAGGUCACCCAGACCGACCCCUUGCCACAGAUGUAGGAUUAGGGUCCGAGAUUGAAACAGCACGGAGCCUGCAGAAGCAUUGGCGCACACGCUUCAAGUCCGAUUACUUUGCUCUCGACAAGUACCGACUGGAAUAUUUGUUUUCGAAUGCGCUUCGAGACGUUUCGUUCUCUGCCGUAGCUUCCGAUGGGCUGGGAGUAUGGUUACCGAAGGAGGUACUCCCGGCGGAACUUUCAGAAGCAGAGGCGAGCCUGCAUUAUACCCCCGGAACCUGGUGGCUCAAUAUUGGCUGCGCACACCGAGACGGCAUCGUUGGGGAUGCUUUCGAGAAACCGACGAAAGGCAGAUACGGCGUUGCGGUUCUUCCUCUUUUAACGGGCAGCGAGGAGGAACUUCCCGAUGGCAAACUCGAGUACUGCCGCCGAGGAACGCAGCGCGAGAUGCAUUACAAUCUAAUCACGCAGGUAGGCCAGAAGACCAAAGUGCUAAGGGGUUUCCGCUUGAAGAGUGUCUAUGCCCCUGUGGCUGGGCUGAGCUAUAUCCUCAGAAGUUGGAGCCUCAAGCUCGAUCAAGCAACUGAGAUAUACACUAUGCGGCUUGUCCUUGAACGCAUGCCAGGCCAGACACCCAUAAAUGAGAUCCUUCACAUCCCGGGACCUUCCCAGCUCGACGACUGGAAAUUGUACGAGAAAUUGGAAAAAGAGCGCAUCAAACAAACAGAAGGUGAUGCAAGAUUGACAGAAUGGAUGAUCAGGCGGGAUCAAGAGAGAAUUGAACGAGACCAUUGGCGCCGGAGUCGGGCUUUCAAGUCAGAGGUCAGGUCGAACGGCGCAAGAGUCUCAGGUGCCGGGGCCGGGCAAGUACAGCAGCCUCACAAGAGGAAGCUAUCUAGUAUUGACACGGACCUCGUCGCUCAUUCAGAGGAACCCGAGAAUGAAGAAUAG